AGAAGAUGAAGAAUCUCUGGCUAUAGCUGCUAAAGCACGAGCAUACCUGCAAUCACUAGCCUUUACAUAUUAAUCAUCUUGAGGAAAAAAAGAGUAAAAGUUCGGUAAUGGCGAGCGAGAGACGAAGCAGCGGCGGAGACACUGUUGCGAUCUCUGUCCGAAGCAUUACCGGCGAAUCGACGACCGUUCACGUUUCCUCCGACGGGACAAUCCAUGACCUUAAGAUUGCCCUAAAAUCCUCUUUCCCUCCCGCUUCUUUUUUUCCCAAUUUCCAUCUGUAUUUCAAGAAAAAUAAAUUGAGUUUGAAGAGUAGAGUUGCUGCUGUUGUUAACAAUGACGGUGAGUUCGUGAGUUUGGUUCCGUAUGUUAAGAAGGAACAUCCACAGAAUCCAAAACCCGAUUUAUCAAAACCCUCAUUGAGUUCUUCUGUGAGGAUUCCAAAAUAUUCAACCUUGAAAGAUGAAAACGGUAAAGCAGCUGAGAACCAUUGUGUUGGGGAGAAACGAAAACGGGAUCAAGAAGCGUGUCCAUAUGGGUUCUUUGAUGGUGUUUUGGAGUCUGAUUGUAAUGAUGCAUUUAAGGGUCAGAAAACAGAGAAGCUUGCUGGGGUUUUGAAGUCUAGGAAUUGCUUGACAUCUCCAAGUUCUACAAAAUGCUUGAUGUCAUGGGAUACAAGAACUAGCUCUUUGUGUUCUUGUCCAGAUUGGAUGAAGUUGUCUAUGGAGACAUUCGCGUUUCUGAAUCUUUUUUCGUCUCUUAUUCAAUCAAUGGGAGAGAAGUUGUAUAUAAACCGCUUGAAGGAAUCUCUUUUCCGGUUAGCAAUGUCUGGAGUUCGUGUUGGUAUACAAGAUGUUAAGAAUCUCUCAGUUAUAUGCCCCAAGGUUGUAAAGGUUAUCACUGAUGACUUUGAAGCUGUGAACCAUGAGAAUGCUAUAGUUAUAGCUGAUUAUCCGGAGACAGAUGUAAAACCAGGUCGUAAGAAAACUUCACUUGCAAAGGUCUUUAGUGCCAUGAAAAAACGGGAGACUUCCUUUAAGUCUGAAUUGUGGGAGUCAAUCAAAUCAGUGUUGGUAAAGAAUAGAGGUGAGUGUGGAAUAGCUAUUUCCUUGGAGGACAUGCUUAAAUUUGCCAGCGAAGGUAGAGAUUUUGGUGGAAACAAAGCUAAAGAGGCUGGGAAAGCCACUUCUUUCUCUGGUUCUCGUAAACCCCAGUCUUUGUGUCAUGACACAAAUUCACUGCAACCAUCGGAGAUGGUCGAACAUCUCAGGAAUGGUAUUGGAUCUAAAGGACAGGUUGUACAUGUUGAAGUUAUCAAUGCUAGAAAAGCUGCCUGCGUCGAAAUGUUAGAUGAGCUCUCAGAAACCACCAAGUCUGCCUUGAAACGAAUUGGACUCAAUAAAUUUUACAGCCAUCAGGCUGAAGCAAUUUCAGCAGCCUUGUCUGGGAAGAAUGUUGUGGUUGCAACUAUGACUUCCAGUGGAAAAUCUCUUUGCUAUAAUGUGCCAGUCUUUGAGGAAUUGUGCAAAGAUACAGAUUCUUGUGCCUUGUACUUAUUUCCGACCAAGGCCUUAGCUCAGGAUCAAUUAAGAGCAUUGUCUGAUUUGAUAAAAGGAUACGAAGAAAGCAUAAACAUGGGAGUGUACGAUGGUGACACUCCUUAUAAGGAUAGAACAAGGCUGAGGAGUAAUGCUAGACUGCUGAUCACAAAUCCCGAUAUGUUACAUAUGUCAAUUAUGCCUCUCCAUGGACAAUUUAGACGGAUUUUAUCUAACCUUAGGUAUGUUGUGAUCGAUGAAGCCCAUACUUACAAGGGACCAUUUGGCUGCCACACAACCCUUAUAUUGAGAAGACUUCGCCGCCUGUGCUCUCAUGUUUAUGGUGUCAAUCCUUCUUUCAUAUUUUGCACUGCAACUUCUGCUAAUCCUCGACAACAUUGCAUGGAGCUUGCAAACCUAUCUGAGCUCGAGCUGAUAGAAAAUGAUGGAAGUCCUUCCUCUGAAAAGCUUUUUGUCCUGUGGAAUCCAUCAGUUCUUCCAACAAGUAAACCUGAAGAAAGUUCGAAAUUCGUGAGCAGUAGUGAAGCUGCUGCAGGUAAACCAUAUGGAACUGCUGCCGAUACACCAUCAAGUUUUUGNUGCAUUGCUUUUUGUCCAUCUCGCAAACUCUGUGAACUUGUUUUAUGUUUGACACGUGAAAUUCUAAAAAAGACUGCCCCUCAUUUGGUUGAAGCCAUAUCCUCAUAUCGUGGUGGCUACAUUGCUGAGGAUCGGAGGAAAAUAGAGAGCGAUUUAUUUGGUGGAAAGCUUUGUGGUAUUGCUGCAACAAACGCACUUGAGUUGGGGAUUGAUGUUGGUCAUAUCGAUGUAACUCUUCAUUUAGGUUUUCCCGGCAGUAUUGCCAGUCUUUGGCAGCAAGCCGGGCGAUCUGGAAGACGACAACGGCCUUCUCUUGCCGUAUAUGUUGCCUUUGCUGGUCCGCUUGAUCAAUACUUCAUGAAGCUCCCGAACAAACUCUUUCGUAGCCCAAUUGAGUGCUGCGUUAUUGAUUCUCAAAACGAGCAGGUCCUUGUGCAGCAUUUGGCUUGUGCUGCUCUUGAGCAUCCGUUGAGCUUGCAGUAUGAUGAACAACACUUUGGUGCUGGCAUAAGCGACGCUCUUGGGUCACUCAGGAACAAAGGAUACUUGAGUUUUGAUCCAUCCCGUGAUUCUGCUUCUAGAAUAUGGACCUAUAUUGGUCGAGAGAAAAAGCCUACUAAGAAAGUCUCUAUCCGGGCCAUAGAGACGGUAAGAUACAGAGUCAUGGAAAAAAAAAGUGAAGAUCUUCUCGAUGAAAUCGAGGAAAGCAAAGCCUUUUUCCAGGUAUAUGAAGGAGCUGUUUAUAUGAACCAAGGAGGGACCUAUCUGGUCACGAGUCUGGAUACAAAAGAAAAGAUAGCUUUGUGUGAAUUAGCAGACGUUGACUACUAUACCAGGACUCGGGAUUACACUGAUAUCCAUGUAACUGGUGGUAAAACUGCUUACGUAUUAAAGGCUCUUAAGAACCAACUUAAUAGGACAACAGCACAAAGCAAUGCAUGUAGAGUGACAACAAAGUGGUUUGGAUUUCUUCGUAUCCGAAGAAAAAACGAUGAAGUAAUUGAUGAUGUUGAGCUUUCACUCCCAAGUUACUCUUACCAAUCACAGGCUUUUUGGAUUCAAGUCCCUGAGUCAGUAAAAUCAGAAGUGGAGGGGAAUAAGUUGUCAUUCCGUGCUGGUUUACAUGCCGCUUGUCACGCUCUUCUCCACGUUGUUCCACUAUUUGUGCGUUGCAGCUAUUCAGACUUGGCUCCAGAAUGUCCAAAUCCGCAAGAGCAACGCUAUUUCCCAUCAAGAAUCUUACUAUAUGAUCGUCAUCGUGGAGGAACUGGCAUCUCCGCCAAGAUCCGUCCAAUGUUCACUGAGCUUCUAGAAGCGGCUCUUGAUCUCUUAGAGUCUUGCCGCUGCUCAGCUGAAACUGGUUGCCCAAGUUGCGUUCAGAAUUAUGGUUGCCAAGGGUACAAUGAGCUCAUACAUAAGGAAGCAGCCAUCAUGAUCAUACAGGGAGUCUUGGAGUCGGAGAAAUCAUAUUUCCAAGAUGAAUCAUCAUGAGAGUCAUGUGGCCGGACCGGAUCGGAGUUUACACUUUACAGUAGCUAAUUAAAAAGAAAAAAUCAUUUAAAUAGAUUUGAUAGGCAAACUGCUAAUUGCAGAAGAUUUAGUGACUAGUUUAACAACAACACGAGAACAAAAAACUUGCGUCAUUCUUUAAUUUUUUUUGGUUUGUUCAUAAUACAAUUCAGUGUAAUUUACUUAUUAAUAAAUAAUGUUCCCACAGUAUUAU